UUUGCUGCGGCACUUAGGCAGCCCAAAACGAUGAAACGCCUCGUCCUCGCAGCCGUUCUCCAUGUGGCAGCCACAAAUAACUGCGAACGGGCCACCGAUUUGAAGCCAGAGCACAUUUGCAGAGCCCCCACCAAUCCGGAUGCGCUGCGGAGCGCCAUACCAGACGAUGCUGACGCGCUCCCGCUAAAAAGUAGCGCACCACCGUCCUUGAACGUAAUCCAAGGCAACGUCGCGAAACAGAAGGCGCGGCUCCUGCGCAAGGCCAAUACUGAAGGCGCGCCGCUGGUCUGGGUGCUCGACGACUACGUGGGCAUUGGCAACGCGCUGGAUGCUUACGUGAGGGCGGUGAUCGAGGCGCGGCAUCGCCGACGAUCGCUCAUCAUCAAGUCGCCGAUCCUGCGCAAUCUGUGUCGCAUUGUUGGCGUGCGGUGCAUAAAUCAAAUUGUCGCGGUGCGUCUACGCCAUCGCACCCGACUCACUGGUUGAUUUGCGCACAGGUGGCGUGCGAUGGCCUUGUUGGUGCAAAGCGCGACGACCUCUCGCGAAACGAGCGCAUGUGCCUCGCAAGCAGCCACCAGGCGGAAUCAGAGCAUUGCGUCUACUACACGACCUUCGGCUGGCGCAACGGCAAGUAUCCUCCCGAUUAUGACCUAUCCUUAUAUGACGGGCGCCUGACAGCAGCGCGGCGGGCGAUCCUGCGCGAGUUCCUGCCGAGGCGGGAACACGGCGAGCUAUUGAAGCGCUUCUUGCCUAUUCUGGAAAGGGCGUUCGUGGGGGCGAGCGUCGAAGAGGCUAUAGCGCCUACUCAACGUUAUGCGGUGGCGCUUCACUUAAGGACGUUGGAUUUUAUCGAAGGCAUUGACCUGCGUGGCCAUCAGCCAGUGGCCUUCUUAUUGCGAGAGACUCCGCCAGCCUCCACGCCAUCGAUCGCGUCGAUGGGCGUCAUUGAUUCCACACAGGCAAGAAUGCGACCGACGCCGCCGCAUUCGAUUGGCUCCAGACGAGGAAAGCCCGAUUCAAGUGGACCUGUUUAGUCAGGCGGCUGCGCGCUCUGGGGUUGGGCUGUUCACCUAAUCAAAAGGUUUUCCUGGCGGCCGACUCCGCACCCGUAAAGCGGGCCUUUGCACGCGCGAUCGAGGAGGCUUUUGGCUCCACGGUGAAAUGUGAGUACUUCGACGGCAUCGAACCACCCAAGUACAACGUCUGGUUCGCCAAGACGCCGACGUUUAACGACUGGCUCUCGCUGACGACGACGGUCUGCGACUGGCUCGCCCUCGCGAAUUCGCGAUUGGUCAUCGGCGUCAAGGGCACGACGUCGGUGCAGCACCUGCCCUCGUCGUUCGCGCGGACGGCGUCGAUCAUCAGUGGCGCUAAUUUUGAUGACCUCGCGGGGCUCGAGCGGGACCAGCGGAGCGUGACGUGCUGCGCGUGGUACGACCAUCGGGACUGGUAG